GCCAUUACCAAUGCCAAGAGCAGGGAAAUGGCGCGAGGCCUCCUAAUAUCUUCGCAGAGCAGAACCACUUCAAACCACCUCUUCUUCAACACCAUUUCUAGGGUUUCUCCAUCAAAAUACAGAUCCCUCUUUAUCCCCAAUUAUCUCCCAACACCUCUCUGUACCUCUCCACUACACUUGUACUGUAAGUGCUCCAAUCUCCAUGACAAACUAAACUCGUCCAAAUACAGGGACAUUUUCUCAAGGCGGAUGGCCAUGGCAGGGCUCAAACCCUGCCAUCGUAUCGCUAUUGGAGUGUCCGGCGGCCCUGAUAGUAUGGCGCUGUGCGCGUUAGCCGCCGGAUGGAAAGUUGAUGCCUUCAAUGCCGCCGCCGGUUAUAGCGUCGGUUUCAUUGAAGGGCUUUUGGCAAUAAUUGUCGACCAUGGGCUGCGUCCGGAGAGUAAAGACGAGGCGGACUUGGUUUUCCGUCGUGUUUCUGAUAUGGGAAUCAGAUGUGAGGUUGCCCGGUGUGAUUGGUCUGAUGGGAGGCCAAAACAGGGCCACUUGCAAGAGGCAGCUCGUGACAUGAGGUAUCAAAUUUUUCAGAAUGUUUGCAUCAAACAUCAGAUCAGUGUGUUGCUCAUUGCCCAUCACGCAGAUGACCAGGCCGAGUUGUUUGUUCUAAGACUAUCUCGCAAUAGUGGUGUGCUUGGACUUGCUGGCAUGGCUUUUAUUUCUCAGUUGUUCUCCUCACUUGCACAUUCUGAUGGAGAAGCUUUAGAUGGUCAUGGCAUAUUGCUAGUACGACCACUCUUGGAGUUCUCAAAAGAAGACAUGUACAAAAUAUGCCAGGGGGCUAACCUAGAAUGGGUGGAAGAUCCAUCCAAUCAAAGUCAAUUGUUUGCUCGAAAUAGGAUACGAAUGUCACUUAGAAAUUUGUCUCCAUGUUUCAAGUCUGAAUUACAAGCACUCAUUUCUGCCUGUCGAAAAACACGCUCAUAUGUUGACCGAAUUUGUUGUAAUUUGAUAAAUCAGGCCGUGACUGUCAUGGCUCAAGGGUAUGCUGUUAUUGAUGUAGAAGUCCUGAAUCCAUCAAAAAUUGAGGAUAUAUGCUUGUCAAAGUUUGUUGCUUUGGUAUUGCAGUUCAUCUCACAAAGGCACAGGCCAGUUCGAGGCAGUGCUUCAAAAUUGUUGCUGGACUACAUCCGCACUUCCCCGUGCAAGACUUCCCUUACAGCAGCCGGUUGUUACCUUUGUGCGGCUCCUGGGUCUAAGGGCACCAGACUCCUUGUUUGCUGCUGUGUAAAUUCUCCUCCACCAUCAAAAAUGAAAUUGUUGCCUUGGAAUCCUUGUGAAGGAGAGAAGCAUGAAAUCCCAAGUAAGGUGGAGUAUGGAAAAUUAUAUUCAGAUAACUUGAUUCCAGAUGGUUCAGACGUUCAUUUUUUGGAUGUAACAUCUUGUGAAUCUGUUCUAACUGAUGCCAGAAGACUCAACUUACUCACUGAGUCAACCAUUAGGAGCAUUCAUAUGUUGCAAACUGAGGAAACCAAACAUUUCAAAUCCCAAACUGAAAAAAAGUCUGACUGUGAAGUGAAGCAUGAAGCUGGAUCUGGCACCACUUCCACAAGUGGACGACUUCAGCCUGGUCAAAUUGGUCACUUUAUGAAUAGGUUUUUGGUUACAUGGAACCUCCAUGAGAAAAGUGCUGGAGAUAUACUUGCAGUUGAGGCCGAUAAUUGUGAAUGGGACAUGGGAGGGAAUUGUCACCAUCAUUGCUGCAGGUCUUGUGUAGUUGGUCAUAACAUGGUAGCUGAGGUGCGCCACAUGGUUGAUGCUGAUUGGUUGUAUCUUACCAAGUUGUCAAAGAGUGAGAAUAUUGAGCAAUUCCAACAGCAAAGAAAUUUAUUAUCUCACAAGGAGCAAGAAGCAGAGAAGACAGAUUUUUGUUCAGACUAUGUUCGGUUAUCAGCACAAAGAGCACUCCUUUCAUUGAAGUCUGUCCCAGUUGCUGCCAGGAGAGGCCUACCUGUUCUUGUCAAUCCUCAAGGACUGUUACUAAGUAUUCCAAGCAUCAGCUUCCAGCAUUGCCCUUGCUUGAUGGCCACUGCUGUAUUCAAGCCAAGAGUACCACUUGGGGGAGGUCAUAAUUCAUUCAUGUAGUAUUGUGAGGCAUCUGUUCAGUUGAUAUGCACGCCAAUGCAGGCUGCAUAAUGUUUAAAUUGCUAUCAAGUUGUCUUGGAAAUGUUGUAAAUUAUGGUACCAUUGGAAUUUUGAAGAUGUACAUUUAAGCAUAUCAGUAGGGCAAUUAUUUUCGAAGGCAUUGUACUGGUCAUUGAAGUUUCACUUCUUCAAUAUUUAUUGUUGAUUAUCGUUUUUCACUUUGUCAUACCUUGUGAGAUGGAGCCACAAGUUGUAAAAUAGGAAGAAAUUUGAUAAUAAAUGUUUUUGAAGGCUUUAGACUUAA